GGAUGUGGCUCUAUUGCCCAAGCGGUCCUUAGUCGAGGACAUUUUGGUGGAAUCAUCACUAUCAAUAUUGGAUUUGCAACGGCAGUUGUGAUGGCUCUCUAUGUGACUUUUGGUGUCUCUGGGGGCCACAUCAACCCAGCUGUGUCUUUUGCAAUGUGUGCCUUUGGAAGGAUGGAGUGGUUCAAGUUCCCCUUUUAUGUGGGGGCCCAGUUUUUGGGAGCCUUUGCUGGGGCUGCAACUGUCUUUGGCAUUUACUACGAUGGACUCAUGGCCUUUGCUGGUGGAAAACUGCUCGUCAUGGGAGAAAAUGCAACAGCGUUCAUUUUUGCAACAUACCCAGCUCCAUUCAUAUCCAUGCCAUGCGCCUUUGUAGACCAAGUGGUGUCUACCAUGUUCCUCCUUCUGAUUGUCUUUGCCAUCUUUGACUCCAGAAACCUGGGGGUCCCCAGAGGCCUGGAACCCGUUGUCAUUGGCCUCCUGAUCAUUGUCAUUUCCUGUUCUCUGGGACUCAACUCUGGCUGUGCCAUGAAUCCAGCUCGAGACCUCAGCCCCAGGCUCUUCACUGCUCUGGCAGGAUGGGGAUUUGAGGUCUUCACAGUUGGAAAUAACUUCUGGUGGAUCCCUGUUGUGGGCCCUAUGGUUGGCGCUGUCCUGGGAGGCCUCAUCUACAUUCUUUUUAUCCAAAUGCAUCACUCGAACCCUGACCCAGAAGUGAAGGCAGAACCAGCCGAGAACAAUCUAGAGAAACACGAACUCAGUGUCAUCAUGUAGUGGCAUGACCAGGUCUAGAGUUACUGUUUAUCUGGUUCUUUCUUCAGACAAGAUGACAUCUGUGUGCCUGUGCAGACUUGGGGCGGGGGCAUCUACCCAGUUUUCUCUAGCCAACUGGGACAAAAAAACUCCAAAGGCAUCCGUGAGAAACUCCACCAGUUACCCCUUCCCAGAAUAGCACUGACUGUUUAUGACGGAUAUUUGAUGGAAGUUCUUCCUCUUAGGUGAUUGCUAAGAAUUUGGAAACUUGACCAUGUGCUCAGCUGGAUGGCCUCAGAGACCUUUUACCCUGUAUGAAAUUAUGUCAUCAAAGGCUCUGCUUUCACAAUCUAUAAAUACAAUAUUCUCAAACUGAAAGGCCAAACAGUGGCUGCACUUAACACCUAUGAAAUGGGGAGCAAGGGGUUAACACUCUACCAAGCUGAGUGCUGUCACUACAUAAAUAAUGAUAUUCUCCCAACCUAGGGCUAUAGAAAGCAGCGCAAGUCAUCUGGAAAGAACUCGGUGGCAUUUAGAAACCUCAGGACACAAGAUAAAGUUGGGAAACUGGAUGGCUUUCUUUUUAAUGGAAACCAUUUGUUAGACUAAUCCUGUGCUCCUCUGCAUUUUAGAUGACAUCAAUUAAUUUCCAGGUCUUUCAGUAUAUAAUAACCUAAAAUAUGAUUGUAACCUUGGUCGGGAAAAAUACAUUGCUCUGUCUUUUAGCACAAAUGUGUUUUCCUAAUGGCUCACUCGAGGAGAGACUUUUUAAUAGUCUGUGGCUACAGUCAUCCAUGUCCCCAGGAGCCCAAACUAGAAGCUAGUGGAGCCCAGCCUGGUCCCACUAAAGUUGGAGGUAGACAGAGUUCCUGGGACAAAAGGGUGAACUCAAGCUUUAUGACUCCCAGAACACUUCCACACGUUAUCCAAUUUGAUCCCAACAGCAAUUGUCUGAAGUAAAUGACCACAGCAUUCUUUUCAAAUGAAAAUCUCAUGUGAAUUGAAUCCAGUAAGUUGCCCUUUCUUCUGCAGGGCACUUUGAACGGUGCCUGAUGCCUUCUAGAAGCUUGCGGGCUGACUGAGGGUAUUUGACAACCCACUGGGCCUUUGGGUGUGUGAUUUCCAUAUGCAAUGUUGUCUGUUUCUAUUCCAUUUUACUGAGGCACAGAUAAAGGUCAAAGGUACCCGUUUGUUAAUUUUCAUUUGUGGAGAAGCAGAGGCCUUUCUUCCUUAGCCAUUCUCAGUCUCCUUCCCUGCCAGCCCUCCUCAGGCUCUCCUGGAGACAUUUUUUAACUGAUGUUACUUCCAACCAAGGCAAGAAUUGUUCUGUAUCAGGGGUGUACCUUCACGACAACUGUUUAAAAGCCCAGCAUUCCUAGAUACAGCAAGUUUUCCCAGGUGCUUUGCAAGACCAGCAAAAAGAAAUGAAUGAGAAAUAUCUCCGAUAUCCUGUGCUGUGCAAGCUGUGGACAUAGAGAUUCAUUUUCUGAAUCUGAAAUUACCUGGAUAUUUUCUAGUUUAAAUAAAUUUGGGGGGAUAUUAUUGU